AAAUGAAAUAAAAUCGUGUCUUUUUCUGUUCCUCGUCACUGAAACAAGAGUACUGACUUUUUUCUUCUCUUUUCAAUUCUUUUCUAUUCUGGGUAGUUGUUGAGACUGGGUGUUGGUUAGAGGAAUUUCUGGUGUUUGGUUUUCAUAUUAGUGAUUCAUAUCACAAUGAAAUGAAAAAGAUCUGAGGCUUUGGUUUCAUUUCUGCAGAGAUUUUUAUUGUGAAGUUGGGAGUAAAGGGGGAAAAAAAUGGAAGGAAUGGAAAGAAGUAGUGAAGAGAAUGCUAGGUUGCUUAGGUCAGAGUCUAGAUGGGUAGAUGGUAGUGAAGCAGAUUCAGAAUCGAAUCCAUGGUCAUUAAUGGAUGAAGAUCAAAGACAAGAACAUGGGUCUGUUAGAAGAAGACUUGUUAAAAACCCUAAGAGAGUUGAUUCCUUUGAUGUUGAAGCCAUGGGUAUCUAUGAUCCUAAUAGCCAUCAUCGCAAGGAUAUCUCCAUUUGGAGCACACUUGCUAUGGCAUUUCAAACACUUGGUGUGGUUUACGGAGAUAUGGGCACAAGUCCGUUAUAUGUAUUUGCUGAUGUUUUCAGCAAGGUGCCUAUAAAAACGGAAGAGGAUGUCUUGGGAGCUUUGUCGUUAGUUAUGUACACGAUUGCUCUCCUUCCAUUUGCGAAAUAUGUUUUUAUAGUGCUGAAAGCUAACGAUAACGGUGAAGGAGGCACAUUUGCUUUGUAUUCAUUAAUUUGCAGGUAUGCGAAGGUUAAUCUGUUGCCAAAUCAACAGCUGGCUGAUGAACAUAUUUCGAGUUUUAAGCUGAAACUCCCAACUCCAGAGUUAGAGAGGGCGCUGAACAUAAAAGAGAAACUGGAAAAGAAAUCAUACUUAAAAACGCUGCUAUUGCUAUUGGUUCUGAUGGGGACUUCCAUGAUUAUAGGGGAUGGUAUUCUCACCCCAGCCAUGUCAGUAAUGUCUGCGGUUAGUGGAUUGCAGGGUCAAAUUAAGGGAUUUGAUACAAAUGAGGUGGUUAUGCUUUCGAUUGUAAUCCUAAUAGGAUUGUUUAGCAUACAAAGAUUUGGAACCGGCAAAGUUGGUUUCACUUUUGCUCCUGCGUUGGCUCUUUGGUUCUUUUGCCUCGGGUCUAUUGGAAUAUACAACAUACUUAAGUACGACACGACAGUUAUAAGGGCAUUCAAUCCAGCAUACAUCUAUUACUUUUUCAAGAGGAAUGGUAUAAAGGCAUGGUCAGCUCUUGGUGGUUGUGUUUUGUGCAUUACAGGAGCUGAAGCAAUGUUUGCUGAUCUUGGCCAUUUCUCUGUGAUAUCAAUUCAGGUUGCCUUCACAUGUGUGGUGUUCCCCUGCCUUCUACUUGCUUACAUGGGUCAAGCAGCAUAUUUGAUUACGUACCCAUCGUCAGCUGGAAGAAUUUUUUAUGAUUCUGUCCCAGAUGGUUUUUUCUGGCCAGUCCUUGUGAUAGCUACAUUUGCGGCAAUGAUCGCCAGUCAAGCCAUGAUAUCUGCAACAUUUUCGUGUGUCAAACAAUCUAUGGCUCUGGGAUGCUUCCCUAGAGUGAAGAUAGUUCACACCUCUAGAAAAUUCAUGGGUCAGAUCUACAUUCCUGUCAUCAAUUGGUUUCUGAUGAUCAUGUGCAUCGUGGUUGUUGCUUCGUUCAGAAACACUACAGACAUCGCGAAUGCUUAUGGAAUUGCAGAGGUUGGUGUCAUGAUGGUAAGUACCACCUUGGUGACACUUGUAAUGCUUCUAAUAUGGCAGACCAACUUGUUUCUAGCUCUGUGCUUCCCGCUUGUAUUUGGAUCCGUAGAGCUCCUUUACCUGUCUGCAGUCCUAACGAAAAUCAAAGAGGGUGGGUGGCUCCCACUUGCUUUUGCCACUUGUUUCCUCUGUGUGAUGUACAUUUGGAAUUAUGGAAGUGUUCUCAAAUAUCGUAGUGAGGUAAGUAAAAAGAUGUCCAUGGAUAUUAUGCUGGAACUUGGUUCCACUCUUGGAACUGUUAGAACACCAGGGAUUGGACUAUUAUACAAUGAACUUGUUCAAGGUACUCCCUCGAGUUUUGGGCAGUUCCUACUAAGUCUUCCAGCAAUCCAUUCAGUCAUUGUGUUCGUUUGUAUCAAAUACGUUCCGGUUCCAGUUGUCCCUCAGGAAGAAAGGUUUCUGUUUAGAAGGGUUUGCCCAAAGGACUACCAUAUGUUCCGGUGCAUUGCACGUUACGGAUACAAAGAUGUCAGGAAGGAAGAUCACCAUGCCUUUGAGCAGCUUUUGAUUGAGAGUCUUGAGAAGUUCUUGAGAAGAGAAGCACAAGAACUUGCAUUAGAAAGCAGCAUAGCAGAGUUGGAUUUGGAUAGUAUUUCAGUUAGGUCAAGGGACAAUGGUGGAAUUGUUUCCGUUGCUGACGAAGCAGGGGAACUUCAUAUACCAUUGAUGCAUGAUCAAAGAACCGAUGGAGGAGAAAGUUCUACAUUUGAAGCCUCUACAUCAUUAAUAUUACCAUCUAGUAUUAUGUCAUCAGCCGAGGAAGACCCGAGUUUGGAGUACGAACUCUCAGCCCUUCGUGAAGCAAUAGAAUCAGGAUUCACUUAUCUUCUUGCUCGCGGAGACGUUAGAGCAAGGAAAGAAUCUUGGUUCCUAAAGAAGCUUGUCAUAAACUAUUUUUACGCCUUCUUAAGAAGGAAUUGUAGAGCUGGAGCUGCAAAUAUGAGUGUGCCCCAUAUGAAUAUCUUGCGAGCUGGGAUGACAUACAUGGUCUGAACGCCACUCAUAUCUGAUAUAUAGACCUUGUCUGUAACUCUGUUACAAGGUAAAGUCAAGAAUUUUAGAACAACAUUAUUUGAUGUAGUUUUUAGAAAUGUUUAGAAGAUGAUAUAUAGUCGAUUAUGACGAUCACAAUGUUAAGAAACUAUCAAAAUAAAAAUAUCAUUUGUUAAACUUGGAUGUUAGUAAAAUGUUUAAAACAGGAGAAAAUUUCCUGU